CGCUGCCCGCUGCAGAGGGACGGCGUGUACCGCUGGUUCUCGGAGCUGCCGUCGCCGCAGCGCGUAGAGUUCCUGUGCGGCCUGCUGGACCUGUGCAUCCCGCUCGAGCUGCGCUUCCUGGGCUCGUGCCUCGAGGACCUGGCGCGCAAGGACUACCACUCGCUGCGCGACUCGGAGAUCAAGGCCAACAACCCGGCCGACCUGGGCAGCCUCACCAACCUGACGGACGAGGUGGUGCGCAGCAAGCUGCUCGUGUCGCUGGCGCUGCUGGGCUCGGAGCAGCGCGAGGCGGCGGGCGUGCUGUAUCGCACGCUCACGCACAUCGACUCGGUCAUCCACAACUACGGGCUGCAGCUCAACGAGGGCCGCACGGGCGAUGAGUUCCUGCUGCUCUUCACCAUGGCCUCCAACCACCCGGCCUUCAGCUUCCACCAGAAGCAGGUGCUGCGCCAGGAGCUCACGCAGAUCCAGAGCAGCCUGAGCGGCGGCCACGGCGGGGGCAAGGGCGCGCCCGGGCCCACUUGUCCGGCCUGUCACAAGAUGACUCCACGGCCCGAGACCCCUGCCAAGAGUGUCAGCAAUAGUUUGGAAAAUGUACUGCACCCAUCAGCACAUUCCACUGAGGAGUCGCUCCCCAAGAGGCCUGUAGGAAAACACCCCAAAGUGAGUGUUGAAAAGAUAGACCUGAAGGGAUUAUCACACACAAAAAAUGAAAGAAAUGUUGAAUGUUCCUUGGAGGUCUUGUGGUCUGAUUCUUCAGUAACAUCAGUAACCAAAUCUCCCUCUGAAGUGACUGAAUUUAUGUCAAAGUUAGCUCAGCUGUACCCUGAGGAAGGUCUGGAGAAGUUCAUUCCCGGCUCAGCUGGCCCAGACUCCUUCUACGUAGAGCGAAACCACGUGGAUCUGGAAGCGGACCUGAGGUAUUUGGCUGCGUUGCCCUCCCAUGUGUUGAAAAAUGACCACGUAAAGAAGUUUUUCAGCACUUCGUCUCCCGCCCAACAGCUUCAGAGUCCAAGUCCUGGCAACCCUGCCCUUGGUAAAGUAGGUACCAUGAUGGGCGUUUCUGGAAGGCCCGUGUGUGGAGUGGCCGGCAUCCCGUCCCCCCAGAGCAGCACCCAGCACCACGUGCAGCACACUGCUGGCACCAGUGCAGCACUGACCUACCGAGCCCAGAUGGAGGCCUCGCCCGCCAUCUUGAUGUCUUCCAGUCUGCAGAGCCCACAGAGCCAGGAGCAAAACGGGAUUUUGGAUUGGCUCAGGAAAUUGCGUUUGCACAAGUACUACCCCGUCUUCAAGCAGCUCACAAUGGAGAAGUUUCUGAGCCUUACUGAAGAAGAUCUUAAUAAAUUUGAAUCCCUCACCAUGGGAGCAAAGAAAAAGCUGAAGACUCAACUGGAGCUGGAAAAGGAGAAGUCAGAGAAGCGGUGCCUGAACCCUUCAGCCCCACCUCCAGUCACCAGCAGCGGUGUGGCGCGUGUGCCGCCCACCAGCCACGUGGGACCCCUGCAGCCCAUGCGUGGCAACCACGCGGCAGAGCUGCGGGUGGAGGUAGAGCCGCCUGCUCACCGGGUGCCUCGGGAAGGCAGCUCCUCGGAGUACUCCAGCUCCUCGUCCAGCCCGAUGGGGGUGCAGGCCCGGGAGGAGAGCUCAGACAGCGCUGAGGAGAACGACAGCCGUGCCGAGGUCCACCUGGAGGGCUCGGAGAAGGAGAAGCCGGUGAUGCUGCUGGGCCACUUCACCACGAGCUCGGCCCGCCCCACAGCCCAGGUCCUGCCUGUGCAGAACGAGGCAGGCUCCAGCGCAGCCGGCCACCAUGGCCUGCCCCCGCAGAGAGUGCCCGCAGCCUCCCACCUGGCGCCCAUGCGCCUGCUGCGCUCCGUGCACAAAGCAGAGCGAGGUGCCGCUGACGUGGAACUGCUCGCGGCUCCCAUGCGCUCACUCUUGUCUCUGGAGGAGAGGGGCAAAGUCUCUGGACCAAGGAGCAGCACCAAAGUGGACAAGGGCUUUGGGAACACGCUGAUGGACGUACUGCCCGCCCCCGCCCCCCACCAGCCCGUGCAGGUCCUCGCCGCUGUCCCCGAGGGCAGCUCCCUGUCCCCUACCGUCUCCUUCGGUCCCCGGGCCAAAGUCGUGCACGCCUCUGCCCUGGACCGGGUGAUGAAAGCAGCCCCACAACCCACCCUGGUGGUGGACACAAGUGCAGCCGCCACGGGCACCUCCAGCUCCGUCUUCCAGGUGGCCCGGCCACCCAUCAAGCUGCUGGUGUCCUCGUCGGUGCCCGCAGAUGGAGCAGCGUCCGGGCAGACUUCCUGCACCAGCAGUGUGCCCCCCGCCAUCGUCAGCCCCCGGACGGCCCUGUACACAGCCAACACCAAAGGUGCCUUCUCUGCCCUGAGCGGUGUGCCCGUGGGCCCGGUGCAGGGCAGCCUGUGUGCCAGCAGCACCACCGCCGCCUCCAGCAGCCGCCCAGCCACUGCGUUUGCACACAUGGCGAACCUGACCAGCUGCCCAGCCCCCAGCCCCAGCCCCACGCUCCCCGAGAACAGUUUCUACAGUGGGCCAGGCGGUGGCGGCGCCACGGGAAACAUUCCCGCUUCCAAUCAGAACCACCACCACCACCACCAGCAGCAGCAGCCGCCACCACCGCCCGCCCCCCCACCCCCCGGCUGCAUCGUCUGCGCGUCCUGCGGGUGUAGUGGGAGCUGCGGGUCAGGUGGCCUAACGGUCAGCUACGCCAAUUACUUCCAGCACCCGUUUUCAGGGCCACCCGUGUUUACCUUCCCCUUCCUGCCCUUCAGCCCCAUGUGCAGCAGCGGGUACGUAGGCACCCAGCAGUACAGCGGGGGCACCGCCUUCCCGGUGGUCCACUCCCCGUACAGUGGCAGCCUGGCUGCGGACUCUGUGCUGGGCGGGCAGUCCACAUUUGCUGUGCCCCCGAUGCAGAACUUCAUGGCGGGCUCAGCCGGCGUCUACCAGCCCCAAGGGCUGCUGGGCAGCAGCAACGGCUCCAGUCACAAGAAGAGCGGGAACCUGUCCUGUUACAACUGUGGGGCCACCGGCCACAGGGCUCAGGACUGCAAGCAGCCGUCCAUGGACUUCAACCGGCAAGGUACUUUCAGGUUGAAAUACGCACCCCCGGCAGAAAGCCUGGACCCCACUGAUUGA